UCGUCUUGGAUUAACCCGCCCCUCUUCAAGCCUUUGUAGGAUUCAAAUACCACCACAGAAGAGGUCGGACAGAGCAUGGCACCCGACGUGCGGCAUGCCGUGGUAGCCAAGGAGGAGGACUGCUGCCAGACGCAGCUGCCCCUCAAUGAAAACGACUCCCAGGACAUGGUCCUCUUUGAGGUCCUCUCCGAGGCGUCCGCUAUGGCCUCCUCCUCCUCAUCCGCCGCCUCCUCCGCCGUGGAGCAACCGUCGUUGUCUUUUCCGGCUGCGGCAGGCGACGCGGGCUUCAUCUGCAACUGUGCCCGGCCGACGGGGCACUUCAGGAAGUACCGGGGGGUGCGGCGGCGGCCGUGGGGCAAGUUCGCGGCGGAGAUCCGCGACUCGUCCCGGAACGGCGCCCGCCUCUGGCUCGGCACGUUCGACACGGCGGAGGCGGCUGCGGUGGCCUACGACCGGGCGGCAUUCCGGAUGCGGGGCGCCAAGGCUCUGCUUAAUUUCCCGCCCAGCUUCUCCUUCGUGGGGGGCGCCGCGAUCGGCGACGUGGGAGCUGCCUUAAGAGGCGACGGCGCCGGAACCGGCGUGCUUAGAGCCUCUGAAUCAUUCGAGGGUGCCGAGAGUGUCACCAACAGGCAAUUCACGAGUCAUGGUUCAUGAA